AUGGUAUUAGGUGAUAAAACUUAUAAACAUUAUCAUCAUCAUCAUAUACCUUUAAACAAAACACGAAUUCGUUUACCACAACAUCUUUUUGCUAUCGAACAACAAACAGACAAUUUUCUCAAUAUACUUUUAGAACGUUCAAGGGCCAAUAGAGACACAUAUGAUGAACGACAAAAAUUAAUAAGUACAUAUAAAGUUGUUAGUAAAACCCAAUGUAUGUUACAAAUGUUAAACAAUGGAACAGUUAAUGCAAAACAUGUUAAAAAUCUUGAAGAUAGUGAAGAAACACAAUGGGGUGUAUUUAUGUUCAUUCCAAUAGCAGUGAAUCUGUUUUUAAUACAAAAUAAAAAUUCCAAACUCUAUCUAUGUGGUCGACAUAAUCAAUUAUUUGGCAUGAUUAAUCGUAAUGAAAAACAAUGUGUAUUUGAAAGUAGACGUUCGGAUAUUGAUUUUGGUCGAUGGGAUUCAUUUCGUUUAUUUUAUGAAGAACCAUCAAAAGGCUACAUAUCAAUAUCAAAUAAUUGUAACACUCGUUUACGUAAAAAAUUUGACAAUGAUAAUUAUUUACAAUUUUUAGCAUUUGUUCGAAUUAAUACUGAUAAUAAACAAUCAUCUCUAACAAUUUCUAGUCAACCAAAUAAAAAUAAAGUAUUGUUAUCAUCACGUUAUCGAAAUAAUAAUAAUCAUUCCAAAACAAAUAUUGAUUAUCGUCAACGAAUUCAAUUUCCAACUCAACCAAUAAUAAUUAGUACAAUUACGACAACCAUGACAACUACUCCAUCAAUGACAAAACAAUAUUUUCGUCUUCAUAGAACUAUCUAUCAGACAUCCUUACCAUCGUCUCUAAAACAACAACACUUUAUAGAUCCUAAAUUAAUUAUUAAUGUUCAUAGUACAACAAUACAUCCUCCCUAUCGUCGAUAUAUUCACACAAGAAACUCUAUUCAUAAAAAUAAUCCGUUAUCAUGA